AUGAAAAUUAUUCGUUCACUUACCUAUAAUUUCACUAAAACCUUUCACACUGCAAAGUUUUGUGGAUCUUAAACUUUAUUUGGAAAUGAAGAUGUGUACUAAAGUUUCCAUAUCUAAAAAGGAUAAUAUCUUGACUCAUUUAUUAGUGACCCAGAGUUAUUUACAACUAAUCUAGUUCAAACCAUAAAGGAUUGUAAAUCUAAAUAAAUGAAAGCAAUUUGGAUUUAAUUGAAUUAAAAUUAAUUAGUACUUGCUGAAAAACUAAUUGAAUAAGGAUUCUACAUGCAUCAUUGUACAGAAAAUUAUUUGUUAUUUGCUCAAUGGAUUGUUGAAAGCGUGAAAAGCCAGUUACCAAAUUAUACUACUCAUUCAAUUGGUGCUGGUGGUUUAAUCCUUCAUAAUAAUUAAAUUUUAUUAAUUCAAGAGAAAAAUGGUUAAUAUAAAGAUGAAUGGACAAUACCUGGGGGUUUAGUGAAUGAUGAAGAAUUAAUCGUUGAAGCAGCCACGAGAGAAGUUAAAGAAGAAGCAGGCUUAGAUGUUGAACCUUAUGAUUGCUUCUUAAUUAGGGAUUUACCUAUUUGUAAUCAAUAUUAAGGAGACAUAUAUUUUGUAAUUUUAAUGAGAUUACUAAAUAAUAAUUAAGCUAUUAAAAUACAAGAAUAAGAGAUUAAGAAUUUCAAGUGGGUUGAUUUGAAUCAUUUGCAAGAAUUUUAUUAAAAUAAUAAAUUUGGAAUGGUUUAAAGCAGGUUGAUGGAAUCCUUAAUUCAAUUUAAUAAAUCUGAUAAAUUCGACCUCUAAUUUUUUAGUUUAGAUCCCUAACGGUUAGAAAUAGAUGGGCAACUAAAAGACUAUUAUUUUUUCAUGCCGAAAAAAUCCCCAAAACUAUGAAUAAUAUUAUAUUUUGUUCCUAUCAUUCUACUUUCAUUAGAGUCUUUUAAA